AUGGCUAUGGUUACCCGUAGAAUAAUGAAGGAGUCAUACUUGCUGAUGCUGGUCACUACAGUGCUGUGUCCGGUCAACAAGUAUUAUGUACCCGUGUUCUAUGAAUUAGAUCAGGAUGAUGAGGAUGAUGAGGAAGAUGAGGAUCAUGAGUAUGAAGAAGCUGAAGAAUUUCCUAAAAAAUCGGAGAGCAGUAUAAGUACAAGCAGUAGCAGUAGCUGCAAUAGCAGAAGUAGGAGCAGCAGUGGAAGCAGUAGCAGCAAAAGCAAUACCAGCAGUAGCAGUAGCAGCAAUAGUAGUACUAGAAGUAGCAGUAGCAGCAGAAGAAAUACUAGCAGUGAGCAGAAGCAGUACCAGCAGAAGCAGGGAGCAGUAGCACUACAAGUAGAAAGGUUAGCAGCAGAGGUAGUAGUAGCAGCAGCAGUGAGCAGAAGCAGUACCAGCAGUAUAAGUGAGCAGUAG